AUGGCUAAAACUAAAGACAGAGUGUCAGCAAAGAAAGAGACCUUUUACCUCACCAGAGAAGCCAAAGACAGUAAGCAGGGACAUCACCAAGAAGCCAAUGCAGUCUCUCCUCAAGAACCUAAAGAAGGAAAAAAGGGAUCUCAGGUCUUGCAGAAAACAUCAAGCACCAUCACACUACAAGCUGUCAAACUGCAACCAGAACCAAAGGCAGAACCCCAGACCACUUUCAUCAGACAGGAUGAAGACAGGAAAAGAGCUGUGCAGCCCAUGAUGUCAGCUCAACAAACUCCAUCUCUGACAGGGCAAGUCAGCCCAAGGAGCAGAGAAGCAGAAAACAGAUCUGGAGCCCAGAAGGCUGUAAUGGAGGAGAAGAGGGAACCUCUGGGAAUUUCCCCUCAGUUUGAGAGCCGUCCACAGAGCCUGGAAGCAUCAGAAGGCCAGGAGAUUAAAUUCAAGAGCAAAGUUUCAGGGAAACCAAAACCAGAUGUGGAGUGGUUCAAAGAAGGUAAACCUAUUAAAACUGGAGAAGACGUGCAGAUAUAUGAAGAAGAUGGAAUUCAUUGCCUGUGGUUAAAGAAAGCCUGCUUGGGGGACAGUGGAUCUUAUAGCUGUGCAGCUUUCAACCUCCAAGGCCAGACUUCCACCAGCUGGUUGUUAACCGUCAGAAGGCCUAAAGUUCAAGCGGUUGCUCCAUGCUUUUCCAGUGUCUUGAAAGGAUGCACUGUGAGUGAAGGGCAAGACUUUGUGCUGCAGUGCUGUGUAGGAGGCGUACCUGUGCCUCAGAUCACAUGGCUUCUCAAUGACCAACCAAUUCAGUAUGCCCAUUCCACUUUUGAAGAUGGAGUUGCAAAAUUGACUGUCCAAGAUGCCCUACCAGAAGAUGAUGGCAUUUAUACCUGUCUGGCUGAAAACAACACAGGACAGGCAUCUUGCAGUGCUCAGGUCACAGUAAAAGAAAAGAAGAGCAGCAAGGCGGCAGAAAGUGCACAGGCUGCCAAGUUAAACAAGACUUUUGCACCCAUCUUCCUUAAAGGCCUGACUGACCUCAAAGUAAUGGAUGGAAGUCAAGUGAUAAUGACUGUGGAGGUAUCAGCUAACCCACCUCCUGAAAUUAUCUGGCUGCACAAUGGGAAAGAAAUUCAGGAGACAGAAGAUUUCCACUUUGAGAAGAAAGGCAAUGAGUACAGUCUGUACAUCCAGGAAGUAUUUCCUGAAGACACAGGCAAAUACACCUGUGAAGCCUGGAAUGAAUUAGGAGAAACUCAAACCCAGGCUACAUUGACAGUACAAGAACCUCAGGAUGGUAUUCAGCCCUGGUUCAUUAGCAAACCAAGAUCAGUGACAGCAGCUCCUGGGGAAAAUGUCCUUAUAUCCUGUGCCAUUGCUGGAGAUCCUUUCCCCACUGUUCACUGGUUUAAAGAUGGGCAAGAAAUAAUGCCGGGAACAGCAUGUGAAAUCCUGCAAAAUGAAGAUAUCUUCACAUUGAUCUUGAGGAAUGUACAGUCUCAUCAUGCAGGGCAAUAUGAAAUUCAGCUCAGGAACCAAGUUGGAGAAUGCAGCUGCCAGGUGUCUCUGAUGCUGCGGGAGAGUUCAGCUUCCAGAGCAGAAAUGCUCAGAGAUGGGAGGGAAUCAGCCAGCUCUGGAGAGCGAAGAGAUGGUGGAGAUCAUGGUAAACUAACAUUUGGUAGAACAAGUGGCUUCAAAAAGAACAGUGGUGAAACCAGAGCUGUUGAGGAAGAGCAGGAAGACGUCCGAGGCGUGCUGAAAAGGCGAGUGGAAACUCGGGAACACACAGAGGAGAGCCUGAGGCAGCAGGAAGCUGAACAACUUGAUUUCCGUGACAUUUUAGGCAAGAAAGUCAGCACCAAAAGUUUUUCCGAGGAAGAACUGAAAGAAAUCCCAGCUGAGCAAAUGGACUUCCGAGCAAACCUGCAGCGGCAGGUCAAACCCAAGACCUUGUCAGAGGAGGAGAGGAAAGUUCAUGCUCCUCAGCAGGUGGACUUCCGCUCUGUGCUGGCUAAGAAAGGCACCCCAAAAACCCCAUUGCCAGAGAAGGUGCCACCUCCUAAACCAGCCAUUACAGAUUUCAGAUCUGUGCUGGGCUCAAAGAAAAAGCCACCUGCAGAGAAUGGCAAUGCUACCACCACAGCAUCAAAUGCCCGCACCAAUUCUGAAGCCCAGAAUGCGACCCCCAAAUCUCAAGCCCCUGUUGCCAAACCAGCAGUGAAAAAAGAAGAGCAGAACAACAGAAACUGCGAACAUGGGUGCACAGUAGUGGAUGGCGGAAUAAUUGGGAAAAAAGCUGAAAACAAAGCAACAGCAAGCAAACCACCAGCAAGCAAAGGAACAGCACCCUCCUUUACAGAGAAGCUUCAGGAUGCUCAAGUAGUAGAUGGUGAAAAAUUGGUCUUACAAUGUCGGAUUUCUUCUGAUCCCCCUGCAGCUGUCACCUGGACUGUAGACAGCAAAACCCUCAAAUCAUCAAAGUCCAUUAUCAUCUCCCAAGAAGGGACACUAUGUUCACUUACCAUUGAGAAGGCCAUGCCUGAAGAUGGUGGCGAAUACAAAUGCAUAGCUGAGAAUGCAGCUGGAAAAGCUGAAUGUGCUUGUAAAGUGCUCGUAGAAGAUGCCUCAUCCACAAAGACCUCAAAGCCUACUGAGAAGAAGACCAAGAAGCCUAAGACCACACUUCCCCCUGUGCUGCCAACAGAGAGUGAAGCAACAGUGAAGAAGAAACCAGCUCCAAAGACUCCACCAAAAGCAGCUACUCCUCCUCAGAUUACUCAGUUCCCAGAAGACAGAAAAGUCCGUGCGGGUGAAUCUGUGGAGUUGUUUGCCAAGGUGGUAGGAACAGCACCCAUAACUUGCACCUGGAUGAAAUUCCGUAAGCAGAUUGAAGAAAAUGAAUAUAUUAAAAUUGAGAAUGCUGAAAACAGCAGCAAGCUAACAAUAUCAUCAACAAAGCAGGAACACUGUGGAUGUUACACUCUAGUCGUAGAGAACAAACUUGGCAGCAGACAAGCACAAGUCAACCUUACAGUUGUUGAUAAACCAGACCCACCUGCCGGAACACCUUGUGCAUCGGACAUACGGAGUUCCUCCCUCACUCUCUCAUGGUAUGGCUCCUCUUACGAUGGUGGAAGCGCAGUGCAGUCCUACACAGUGGAGAUCUGGAAUUCAGUGGAUAGCAAAUGGACAGAUCUCACUACCUGCCGCAGCACCUCUUUCAAUGUGCAGGACCUGCAGGCUGACCGAGAGUACAAAUUCCGUGUGCGAGCUGCUAACGUGUAUGGCAUCAGUGAGCCCAGCCAAGAAUCCGAGCUGGUGAAAGUUGGAGAGAAACAAGAAGAACUUAAAGAGGAUGAAGUGGAGCUAUCUGAUGAUGAAGGGAAAGAAACAGAGGUCAACUAUCGGACGGUUACUAUCAACACUGAACAAAAAGUUUCAGAUGUCUAUAAUAUUGAAGAAAGACUGGGAUCGGGGAAAUUUGGACAAGUCUUUAGGCUUGUUGAAAAGAAGACUGGAAAAGUUUGGGCAGGAAAAUUUUUCAAAGCAUAUUCUGCUAAGGAAAAAGAAAACAUAAGGGAAGAAAUCAGCAUCAUGAACUGUCUACAUCAUCCAAAACUUGUCCAAUGCGUAGAUGCCUUUGAAGAAAAAGCCAACAUCGUUAUGGUCCUGGAAAUGGUUUCUGGAGGAGAACUCUUUGAAAGAAUCAUUGAUGAAGACUUUGAACUGACAGAGAGAGAGUGCAUUAAAUAUAUGAAGCAGAUUUCAGAAGGAGUUCAGUACAUCCAUAAGCAGGGUAUUGUCCACUUGGAUUUGAAGCCAGAAAAUAUUAUGUGUGUCAACAAGACCGGUACAAGUAUCAAACUCAUUGACUUUGGACUUGCAAGAAGAUUAGAAAAUGCAGGUUCUCUGAAAGUUCUUUUUGGGACACCUGAGUUUGUGGCUCCAGAAGUUAUAAACUAUGAACCUAUUGGAUAUGAAACAGAUAUGUGGAGUAUAGGAGUUAUCUGCUACAUUUUGGUCAGUGGACUUUCUCCUUUCAUGGGAGACAACGACAACGAAACCCUAGCCAAUGUUACCUCAGCGACGUGGGACUUCGAUGAUGAGGCUUUUGAUGAAAUCUCUGACGAUGCCAAGGACUUCAUCAGCAACCUGCUGAAGAAAGAUAUGAAGAGUCGCUUAAAUUGUACUCAGUGUCUUCAGCAUCCUUGGCUGCAAAAAGACAUCAAAAACAUGGAAGCCAAAAAACUUUCCAAAGAUAGGAUGAAGAAAUAUAUGGCCAGAAGAAAAUGGCAGAAAACAGGCCAUGCUGUCCGGGCAAUAGGAAGACUGUCAUCCAUGGCAAUGAUUUCUGGUAUGAGUGGGAGGAAGGCCUCUGGGAGCUCGCCCACCAGCCCUAUAAAUGCAGACAAAGUAGAGAACGAAGAUGCUUUCCUUGAAGAAGUGGCUGAAGAAAAGCCCCAUGUAAAGCCAUAUUUCACUAAAACAAUCCUUGACAUAGAGGUUGUAGAAGGAAGUGCUGCUAGAUUUGACUGCAAAAUUGAAGGCUAUCCUGACCCUGAGGUAAUGUGGUACAAAGAUGAUCAGCCUGUCAAGGAGUCCCGUCACUUCCAGAUAGAUUAUGAUGAAGAUGGGAACUGUUCUUUGACUAUUUCUGAAGUAUGUGGGGACGAUGAUGCCAAAUACACCUGCAAAGCUGUUAACAGCCUUGGUGAAGCCACGUGCACCGCAGAACUCCUUGUGGAAACAAUGGGAAAAGAAGGAGAAGAUGAAGAUGACGAGGAGGAAGAAUGAAACAAGGCUCAAAGAAAAAAAA